AUGGCUUCGAUUUUCUACAUCUUUGUGUCAUUAAUUGUUUUAAUUUAUUUUUGGUUAAGAAAGCGAAAUAAUUAUUGGAACGAAAAGGGAUUUUUGCAGCCAGGAACUAAAGGAUCCUUCAUGGGAGUCACGAAAGGCAAAACUCCAUUUCAAGGACUCGAUGAUUAUUACAAAAGCUUUAAGGGAAAAGUAAAAGCAAUUGGAAUUUACCAAUUUUUCGUACCUAGUGUAUUUCCAAUUGACCCUGACUUAAUAAAGCAUAUUUUAAUGAAGGAUUUCAGCCACUUCCAUGACAGAGGAAUGUACCAUAAUAAAGAAGCUGACCCAACAUCAGCGCAUCUUUUGUCAUUAGAUGGACAAGAUUGGAGAGACCGAAGAACAAAAAUGUCACCAAUAUUUACAUCAGGAAAGAUGAAAAUGAUGUUUGAGAAUGUUGAUAGAAUUAGCGAUAAAUUAGCAGAAGUGUUGCAAAAAAAUAUUGAAACAUCAAAUGUCCAUGACAUGAAAAGAUGGUCACAAAAAUUUACCGCUGAUAAUAUUGGAAAUGUUGCGUUUGGACUUGAGUGCAAUUGCAUUGAAGAUGAACACUCAGUAUUCAUGAAAUAUGGACGAAGAUUGUUAGAUUUGAAACCAUUUGAGAUUAUAAAAUUCAUUUUUGCAAUGAAUCUUCCUUAUCUUGCGAGAGUCCUUAAAGUUCGAUCAAAUCCAAAAGAUGCUGGAGAUUUCUUCCUUAACACAUUCAUGCAGACUUUUGAGUAUCGCCAGACAAACAAUAUCGUUAGGAAUGACUUCGUAUCUCUGCUGCUAGGGCUUAAGCAUCUGUACACUCCAUUAGAACUAGCUGCAGAAGCAUUUUUAGUGUUCGCAGCAGGUUAUGAGACAUCGAGUACCUUAAUGACCUUUACGCUUUAUGAAUUAGCACUUAAUCAGGAUAUCCAAGAUAAAUUAAGAGAGGAAAUAACGACAAGAAUUGAAGAAAAUGAUGGGAAAUUAACUUACGAACUUCUGUUUGAAUUGAAAUACUUGGACAUGGUGAUCAACGAGUCUUUAAGAAAAUAUCCACCGAUUCCCAUUUUGUUUAGAAAAUGCGUAAAAGAUUACAAAAUUCCAGGAACAGAUUUAACAAUUCCAAAAGGCAUUAAAGCACUCAUUAAUGUUUAUUCUCUACAUCACGAUCCUGAGUAUUUCACUGAUCCAUCAAAAUUUGAUCCUGAGAGAUUUAGUGACGAGAACAGUAAGACCAUAAAGCCAUUCACAUUCUUGCCUUUUGGUGAGGGACAGAGAAAUUGCAUUGGAAUGAGAUUUGGACAGAUGCAGUCAAAAAUGGCAAUCCUUAAGUUAAUCAAAAACUUUAAAUUUUCACCAUGCGAGAAAACGCUCAUUCCGAUGGAAUUUGAGACAUUUGCACCUUUUAUAACACCAAAGGAAGGAAUGUGGUUGAAAGUAGAGGAACGCUGA